AUGUCAAAGAUUAUCAAUCGAGAGAAUAAUUUGACUAAGUCUGACCCAGAGCUUCUAAAGUAUCAGACACCAAUUCUCGAGCAUCAUCAGACUUCACCAGGUGAUAUUCGCAGUAAUGAAGUGGUAGGUGCCAAUAAUAGUAUCUAUAAUAAUAGUAACAACAACAAUGGUUCAAGUAUGGCAACAAGCCGUACUAAUUUAAUAAGUGACUUGAAUAGAAAUAAUAAUAAUAAUGAUACUAGUACAAAUCAACCAAAUUUUGAUAAAGAUGGAGUUGAUAUGGUAACUUUUAGUAAUAAUAGUAAUAAUAAUAGUAAUAAUAAUAAUAGUAAUAAUAAUAAUAAUAACAAUAAUAAUAAUUCAUUGUCUGUACCACAACAACAACAACAAACUAAAUUUAUUUCACCAUUAUCAAGAGUACAAGAGCUACAAGUUGUAAUAUUAAAUGAACAUGAAUCUUCUUUGGAUCCUGGUGAUCCUCCUCCCAGCGAUGACGAAGAUGAAUCUAUCCGAGACAAAAAGAAAAAGAAGAAACUAAAGAAUUUAUUAUCAAGUUAUAAAGCAAGAACAUAUAUUGUGGUGGGGAUUGUACUUGGAUGUAUUUAUAUUGGCUUAUCUGGUGUCGAGUUGGGUAGUCGGUGGAUUUUUUUCGUUGUUCCAAACUACACUGUAUCUACAGCAGCACGUGUAUUAUUAUGUCAAUGGUAUUAUAUUCCCACUGAGCGUACUGGUAUGGGCGGUAGUUUUAUUUUUCACUGCGGAGCCAAUGCUUCAGCCUCCAUCGCUAUCAUUUUUGUCGCUCUCUUUUAUUGUGGUCGUGUUGCUCUCGUAAAGAUUCUCGCCGCUAAAACCAACAGAAAGGCAUUCUAUUCAUCUCUAAAGGCGUCGUUGUUGAACGAGGAGCUACUCGAACAAAUGUCGACAAGAAAGGCAAAGACACUUGGUCAGUCGGUAUCAGCAAGUUUGAAAAGGAAGAAACAAAUAAGUGUUGCACAGUGGAUCGAGACAUUAAAGACGAGAAACAACCUGAGUGGCAAGCUACAAGCACGUGCCAGUGAAUUCACUCAGAAGGAAUCGAAAAAGAUUGCCAAGCAAAUCAUCAAGAAUGCAGGACGUGGCAAAGACUAUCUGGUAAAGGACGACCUCAAUGCCUACGUCAAACCCAAACAUCUUGACAAAGCAUUCAAUACAUUUGGCUCGUUGAACGACGAAAAAAUCUCGAGAGACGACAUUGUCAAUUGGGUAAUGAGAGUGGUUCGUUCAAGAAAAACACUAGAGUAUCGACUCAGAGACCACGAGGACAUCGGUCAAGUCAUCAAUGAUAUUAUCAAUUUCAUUUUCUGGAUUCUCAUGUUCCUCUUUGUUCUUUCUUUGUAUGGCGUGGAUAUCAGUGCAUUCUUGGUUCCUUUGUCCACAACGAUUUUAGCAUUGUCCUUUGCAUUUGGUACAACACUACGUAAUAUUUUCGAAUCACUCAUUUUAAUCUUCUUUGUUCGUCCAUUUGAGGUGGGUGACAAGAUAGCAAUUAAUGAAGAGGUAUUGUUUGUCGAUCGUAUCGGUAUUCUUUUCACUUCUUUCAAGAGUCUAGAUGGUAAGGCAGUCUACGUACCCAACCAGAACUUGUUGACCGCCAGAAAGAUUGAAAAUCAUCAGAGAUCUGAAGAGGUUUGGAUAGGUGUCGAUCUACUCAUUAACUUUAUGACACCAGUCGAGAAGCUCUAUAUCCUCGAGGCCAAGAUCGACAAGUGGAUGAAAGCACAACCCGAGAAAUGGAAGAACGAUCUAUCUUUGAAUUUCGUAGAGAUCCGAGGUACCAACCAUAUCUUGGUUAGAUAUGGUGCUUCGAUCAUCUCCACCUGGCAAGACGUAAAGCGAUGGAGACCAGUCAAGAAUGAACUAUUCUUCAAGAUGAAAGAGUGGUUAGCUGAUUUAGGUUUCGACUCACUGCCGGCAAGGCAAUUAGUACAAAUGGUAAAUGGUCCACAAAUUACACCAUUAAUGGAUCCAAGUAGUUUUAAUAACUUUAAUAAUAACAGUAAUAAUAAUAACCAAUUUCCACAUUUUAGAUAA